CAAUUCCCACCCGUUGAUUCACCAAACACAGCAAAACGAAAAGAAAAAAAGGGCGGGAGAGACAGUCUCUCACUCCACUGAGCUCCAUUUUUCUCACUAAGAAAUGUCGUCGUCCUUGGGCGUUCGUCACCUCACAGUGCUCGGCGAGUUCAAGCCCUUUGGCUUAAUCGCCGAAGCCGUCGACGGAAAGCCUGCCGAUAAUGUCACCGAUAAGUACGAUUACUUCCUCUUCGACCCCGAAACCGUUCGAGAAAGAGACGAAACUGACGAAGCAUCGGCCUCCGCGUUGAGCGAUCGAUGUGAUCACGAGCUUUUCAUCCGAGGAAAUCGGAUUAUAUGGUCAACAGGUCCACGAGUCUUUAAGAGGUUCACAUUGCCGUCGCCAGUAAUCAUGGCUUGCUGGUGUCGUUUGGGUGAUAUGACCGAAGCUCUUUUAUGCGUUUUACAAAUUGCUUCUUUAACAAUCUACAACACAUCAGGUGAAGUAGUCUCUGUCCCUCUUCCUCGCACCAUCAAAUCGAUAUGGCCUCUUCCAUUUGGUUUGCUACUUCAGCACGCAGCCGAAGUUAAUUCAACUGCACCUGCUCCUCCUUCAUCGUCAAAUCCUUUGUUUGGCCUACGAGAUCUAUCCCGUCCUAGGAGAGAAAGUGGACAUAGUCCACAGCAUAAUGUCAAUUCUGUAACUGCACUUGACCAUAUUGCCAAGGGAGAAGCAAUUUCAAUGUCCUCACAUCUAAUUCUGAAAGAUCCAUUGGAAGAACCUCAUUUGGCUUAUAUUGAAGAAAGAGGAAAAUUGAACAUAAUGAAGGAAUUUGAUGAAACAACUAUUUGGACGAGUGAUCGGAUUCCUCUUAUGGCAUCUUAUAAUACAGGAAGGAUGCAACACUCUGUGUGGGUUGCGGAAACUAGUAAUUCUUCUAACCAUGAAAUGGCAGGUGCUAGUUUAUUGGAUGCAGUUCCUCCUGGUGUUCUAGCAAAACAGUUCUCAUUCCGUAGAAUAUGGCAAGGCAAGGGUGCCCACACAGCAGCUUGUAAGGUUUUUCUAGCGACGGACGAUGAUGCAGCUCCUAUUAUUUGUUUUCUUCACCACGAACAAAAAAAGUUGCUGUGUGUAAGGCUUCAAAGUGUUGAGAUAAAUAAUGAGAUUCUCUUUGACAUUAAACCUGAUAUGAGCUGGAGCAUACCUGCAGUUGCAGCAGCACCUGUGAUUGUUACCCGCCCUAGAGUGAAAGUGGGACUGCUGCCAUAUUCAGACAUGCUUGUUUUGUCUCCGGAAAAUGUCCUUCUUCUCUAUUCAGGGAAGCACUGCCUAUGUAGGUAUAUGUUGCCUUGUUCAUUGAGUAAAGGCCGAUUUUCACAUAAGUUAGAGUUUCCAGAAACAACAUCUGUUUCCCAGGGCCUGAAGAUUAUAGGAUUGGCUGAUGCUGUUGAGGGGCGUAUCAAUGUUACAGUAAAUAAUGGGCAGAUGUUUCGGUGUGUAUUACGUAGAAGCCCUGCAUCUUCCCUGGCAAAUGAUUGCAUCACAGCUAUGGCUGAGGGACUAAGUUCCAAUUUCUACAGCCAUUUUCUUAGUCUGCUUUGGAAAGAUGGUGACUUGGCUUAUCUAUCAGAAGCUGAUUCUAGUGUUCCCUCAGAAUGGGACUCUUUUUGUAGCAUUAUGAUGGAAAUUUGUGGAUCAAGCGCCACUUCUAAAAAGAUUUCAAGUCCAAUGCCUCAGUCGUCAUGGGAGUUUCUUAUUCACAGUAAAUUUCACAACAAUUACUGCAAACAUAACCUUAUUACUCAAAAUUCUUCUGUCAUGUCAUUGGAUGUGCAAAGACUGGACUCCUCUUGGUUAAAUUCAGAUGGUACACAAAGGCCAGAAAGAACAUUUUACUAUGAGCUGUUGAUGGAGAGUUUACAUUGUUUGCAUGCAGUAUAUGAGAACCUGAAACUGAAUAGUCUUCGCAAAAGGGACUUGGAGCUUCUAGGAUUCCUAUCAUGCUAUAUUGCUAAGUUUUUGGGGGAGGAAAGUUAUGUGGACCAUUACAUUCGUGACUUUCCUGGCCUUUCUGGAAGUGUUGGGAUAUGUGAUACCUCCAUUUCACAGGAAAAUCCUCCAAGUUUAUUCAGAUGGCUUGAAAACUGUUUGCUACAUGGAUAUAAUUCAGCUAAUAUCAAUGAUCUUCCGCCAUUGAUUUGUAAAGAUGGAAGUUCUGUUGUAAGCUGGGCCCGGAAAAUAGUCUCAUUUUAUAGUUUGUUAUCUGGUGCUAAACAUAUAGGGAAGAAACUCUCAUCUGGUGUUUACUGCAAUAUUGCCACGGGAUCAUACGACACAAACGAGGAACUCACAGUACUGGCAAUGGUUGGGGAAAAGUUUGGAUUGCAACAGCUUGACUCACUGCCUUCUGGUGUGUCUCUUCCUUUGCGACACGCACUGGGUAAGUGCAGGGAAUCUCCUCCGAUUGGUUGGCCUGCAGCUGCAUAUGUUCUUCUUGGUCGGGAAGAUUUGGCUUUGUCAUAUCUGGCACGAUCAUGCAAAUCUAAGGAACUGGAAACCCAAACUAAUGUGAAUUUAAUUUCUAUGUCUGCACCUUACAUGCUACAUCUGCAUCCAGUCACCAUUCCUUCUGCAGUAUCUGAUACAAUCGGAUUUGAUAAUACCAAGUUUGAGGAUGCAGAUUCUGCUGAUGGGUCUAUGACAGAUGGUAUGGAACAUAUCUUCAACUCUAGUACACAGUUGCGCUAUGGUCGUGAUUUGCGACUGAAUGAGGUUAGACGGCUCCUGUGCUCUGCAAGACCUGUGGCAAUUCAAACAUCUGUUAAUCCUAGUGCCUCUGAUCAGGACCUCCAACAGGUCCAGCUAUGGCACCUUGCACAAAGGACCACUGCCCUUCCUUUCGGUCGUGGGGCAUUCACUCUUGCAACCAUAUAUACACUUCUGACAGAGGCCUUUGUAGUCCCAAAGCUUGUUUUAGCAGGUCGGUUGCCUGCCCAGCAAAAUGCAACUGUUAAUCUGGAUCCAAAUGUGAGGAAUAUACAAGAAAUCAAAUCUUGGCCUGAAUUCAACAAUGCUGUUGCUGCUGGACUAAGGCUGGCUCCUCUUCAGGGAAAAAUGUCAAGAAUGUGGAUUAUAUAUAACAAACCAGAGGAGCCAAAUGCUAUCCAUGCUGGACUUAUCCUUGCGCUAGGAUUACAUGGUUAUCUGCGUGUCUUAACUAUUACGGACAUAUAUCAGUAUCUUUAUCAGGAACAUGAAAUCACAACUGUUGGCAUGAUGCUUGGCCUGGCAGCUUCUUAUAGAGGGACUAUGCAACCAGCAAUAUCAAAGUGUCUUUAUGUUCAUAUACCUGCUCGAAAUCCGCCUUCAUUUGAAGUAGAGUUACAGACCCUUGUGCAGUCAGCAGGUCUAAUGUCAGUUGGGCUCCUUUAUGAAGGAUCAGCACACCCACAAACAAUGCAGAUUCUCUUGAUUGAAAUAGGACGUAGAAGUGCAGGGGAUAAUGUACUUGAAAGGGAGGGUUAUGCUGUUUCUGCAGGCUUUGCAUUGGGUCUUGUUGCAUUGGGUCGUGGAGAAGAUGCUCUUGGUUUCAUGGACACAAUGGUUGAUAAAUUGUUCCAUUAUAUUGGUGGAAAAGAAGUUUACAAUGAUAGAUCCAAUUCAUCAAAACUAUCAGCAGAUGAACACAACCGUGCUGCUGCACAGAUGAUGGAUGGAACUGCAGUAAAUGUUGAUGCCACUGCACCUGGAGCCACGAUUGCUCUUGCUUUAAUGUUUUUGAAGACUGAAUCACAGGCAAUUGUGUCUAAGCUCUCUAUCCCUCACACACGGUUUGAGUUGCAAUAUGUGAGGCCUGAUUUCAUCAUGCUUCGUGUCAUUGCCCGAAAUCUAAUAAUGUGGAGCAGGGUUCAUCCUUCCCAAGAUUGGAUACAGUCUCAGAUUCCUGAUAUUGUAAAAAAUGGUGUCAAUUGCCUUGGGGAUGACACUGAUGAUAUUGAUGAAAUGGAUGCUGAAGCAUUUGUGCAGGCAUAUGUCAAUAUAGUGGCUGGAGCCUGCAUUUCUCUUGGGUUGAGAUUCGCUGGUACAAAGAAUGGAAAUGCUCAGGAGUUACUUUACAACUAUGCUGUUUACUUUCUAAAUGAGAUCAAGCCAGUUGCUGCUACAAGUGGAACCUUCCCAAGGGGAUUGUCUCACUAUGUCGAUCGGGGCACAUUGGAGAUAUGCCUUCAUCUUAUUGUUCUUUCCCUGUCUGUGGUUAUGGCUGGUUCUGGACAUUUACAAACCUUUAAGCUCUUGAGAUUUCUCCGGAACAGAAAUUCUGCGGAUGGACAUGUUAAUUAUGGUGUUCAGAUGGCGGUAAGCCUAGCUAUUGGGUUCUUGUUCCUUGGGGGAGGAACGCAGACAUUUUCAACAAGCAACAGUUCAGUUGCUGCUUUGCUGAUUACUCUCUAUCCACGUUUGCCUACUGGACCAAAUGAUAAUCGAUGCCACCUCCAGGCAUUCCGGCACUUGUAUGUACUUGCAACGGAAGCUCGUUGGAUUCAGACGGUUGAUGUUGACACCGGUCUACCUGUGUAUGCCCCUCUUGAAGUUACUAUAAGGGAAACUGAACAUUAUGCAGAAACAAGUUUUUGUGAGGUUACACCUUGUCUUCUGCCAGAACGUGCCAUUCUGAAGGCAAUACGCAUUUGUGGCCCUCGGUAUUGGCCGCAAGUAAUAGAUCUAGUCCCUGAAGAUAAACCUUGGUGGACCCCUGGGGACAAGAAUAGCCCAUUUAAUUCUGGUGUUUUGUAUAUCAAGAGAAAAGUUGGAGCUUGUUCCUAUAUUGAUGAUCCUAUAGGGUGUCAGUCACUGCUGUCACGGGCAAUGCAUAAGGUGUUUGGUUUGACAAGUUUAAAAGCACGCGAUUCAUGCUCCACUGGGGACAAUGGACCUGGUUCUGUUACUGUUGACCAGUUGGUUGCUACCUUCUCAUCUGAUCCUAGCUUAAUUGCUUUUGCACAACUCUGCUGCGACCCUUCAUGGAAGAGCAGAUCUGACAUUGAUUUCCAGGAGUUUUGCUUGCAAGUAUUAUUCGAGUGUGUGAGCAAGGACAGACCUGCUCUUUUACAGGUCUAUUUGUCAUUAUACACGGCAAUUGGAUCAAUGGCAAGGCAACUUAGCAGUGAUUCUGUUGUUUUAUGUGACUCACUCGCUAUCUCUAAUCUUAAGCUUGCACUAGCAUACAAUGAGGCUUUGCUGAGCGGAAGAUUGACCUCUUCAAGAGGUGGCAAUGUUCAAUCUAACUUUAUAGCAUGUCUUAGGAAGCAGGUGGAAGAGCUCCUAAACUGUUCUCAGGACUUGAAGGAUGAUUUCUGUAAUUAUGUGCAUUCCGGGAGGUGGCCGAACGGGGAAUCACAGGGAGAUAAACGGCGACUACUCCUUUCUUGGUACGUUCAGUGGUUUGGUGUACCGUCUCCAUCCGUAAUUAAGGUGGCCGUGGAGAAAGUCAAGCCCAAGCUGAAGUCGUCAUCUUUGGUCCCUUUAUUGCAUUUACUAUUUCCGAGAACCCACAUCAAUGCCAUUACUGAGAUAGAUAAGUUAUUUUCAUCUUAGGGCAGCCGAUGAGGCAUGGAUGGUACAGACCAUUUGUUACAGAAUGUUCAUCUCCAGACUCUUGGUAUGGUCUUGUUCUGUGCUUCCCACUCGAGUAAUACUAAAUAUCGUGGAGCAAAUCACAUUCAUCUGCAAGGCAUCGACCCCAUCUGUUAACAUGGACGGAUACAAUAUCCCCUAUCUACAUGUAUAUGUAAAAUGACACAAUUAAAUGUGAAAUUUAUUUAUCUUAGUAGUAUCA